AUGGAUUGCAUUGCAUUCAGCGAGGCUAUCACCCACCACCACGCUAAAUCACCAAUCUCGAUCGCUCUGAAUAUUGUCCAGGCCAUCGAUUUUCUCCGCCUCGCCUCGCUCGCAAGAACGGUCUGGCGGGGUCGAGUCUCUUUAUCCGACUGUCGCGUGAUCAUCCCGGGGCCGCAAGGGUUCGAGUUCGAGUUCGAGUUCGAGUUCAAGCUCGAGGAUCCUUCGGCCGACGCAUAUGUAAUUACUAGUAUAAUGGAUAUAAUUCAAGUUAAGAAUAAUACCCGCGACCGAUCACCUCUCUUCCCAGACCCGUGGUCCAUUUUUUUCUCUGUGUAG